GGGCGGGCCGGGCCGGGCCUCUCAGCUCACCUCAGCGCCUGCCCUUCCCUUGCAGGCCUCUUCUCCUGGCACCCGCUGCUCAUGGCCCUCGCGUUCUCGUUCCUGAUGACGGAAGCCCUGCUGAUAUUCUCCCCGGAGACCUCGCUGCUCCGCUCCUUCUCCCGCAAAGUCAAAGUGCGGGCACACUGGGCCCUCCAGCUGCUCGCCCUCCUCAGCGCCCUCCUGGGGCUGGGCAUCAUCACCUACAACAAGCACCUGAACGGCAAGGCCCACUUCGUGACCUGGCAUGGCCUGACGGGGCUGCUGACCGUGCUGUAUGCCAGCGGGCAGUGUGCGGGAGGGGUGCUUCUGCUCUACCCCAAGCUGAUGAAGAACUGGACGCUGGCCAAGCUCAAGCUGUACCAUGCGACCUCGGGGCUGGUGGGCUACCUGCUGGGCUGUGCCAGCCUGAUGCUGGGCAUGUGCUCCCUGUGGUUCACCGCCUCGGUGACCAGUGUCUCCUGGUACCUCGCUAUGCUGUGUCCCCUUCUCACCAGCCUGGUUAUCAUGAACCAGGUGAGCAACGCUUACCUGUACCGCAAGCGGAGCCAGCACUGAAGGCCUGGCGCAUAUCUGAACUUCCCCUGUGUGAGCCAGCGAGGCCAGGGCUCUCCCUUGCAGCCCCCUGUGUGGGUCCUCUGCUCACAUAGGGUCUCCCCAGAACUUGAUUUCUACUUACUCGUCUCUCGUUAGUCCUGGAUUGUCUGUAGUGUCUCGUCCCUGGGGAGCAGCUACAAUGUGCGUCACACUGAGCAAGCAGGGGCUGCCCACCUCAUGCCUGCCUUGGUGGGGACUUUUCCCAGCACAAGUGAAGCUGCUGGUCCCCGCGGCAGCUUGGUGCUCAGUGCUGGGAACCAGAGGGUUCACUCAGGAUUCCUGCUUCUUCUCCCUUCCCUUACCACCCAGGGCUGCUUUGGAGCAGGCAGGACAGGAGCUGUUGCGUUCCUGGUGAGGAGGGCGGGGAGUCCCUGCUCGCCUGGGAGGCUGCAGCAGGCACCGCACCACCUCUCCUGCCAUGAAGGCAGCUUGGCCAGUAAAGGUGCAGGGCAUAGUUGUGGCUGCAGCCACAGGAGGGCUGAGCAGGGUGGCAGCACCCAAGGCAUAUGCAAUGGGACAGUGGUACAUCCCCACAGUGCAGCCCCAUGCAGGAACUUGAGGGCUCCCCAAGACCCGCCCAGUCAGUCCUGCCCAACAGCUGUGGUUCUGGGCACUCACUGCCACGCACAAAUCCUUCCCGCCAGCUGGGACAGCAAAGCUUCAACCUGGCAGGAGUUGGGGAUCAUUUUACAGAGCAAAUUACUGAGCUGGGCUGCAAGCCGGAAGCCUGCACAGGCCUGUUUUGUCCCUCUGAGGGGCACAGGGAACUGUGAGUACCUGGGGAGCGGGGCUUGGUGCAGGCCUGGGGGACAAGCCCUUGAGCCAGCCUGCAAAACAACCCUGGGGAAGGCAGAUAAAAACCUCCUCACCUCGGCAGCACAAGAACCUGCCUUCCAGCCCACCUGCCAGUGGGGCGGCUGGAUGCUGUGAGGUUCCCUCGGGCACAGUGGCCCCGCAGCUCCUCAGCACCUGUCCUGCUCUCGGCUGGGCUGGAGAGCUGGGAGCAGCUCCUGGGCUGGGAAAUUCCUCUGUAUCCAGAGCUUUUACUCAAUAAAGAUUUCAGGCAGCUACAGUGCAACAAGCCCUUUUUACUACCCAGGAGGGUUUUGGGGUGCAGACAGACAUUUUCCCCCUGCAGAUUUCCCACCUCCUGCUUACAAAGGGUCUCUCCCAACUUGCAGGGAGCACCCAGGAAGAAACCCCCUCCCCAGGCUCCUGUGCAAGGGCCCCUGGGGGCUGCUCUGUGCCCAGCCCCUGCCCUGCCUGCCCUCUGUUGCAGGAGCCGACUCUUUCAAAGAACUCUUUAUUGAUACCGAAACGUCUGUGUUUUUCCCAGUUGACAAAACCUCUUGUGGUCCUUUAAAAAAAUAAUCACAACAUCAUCGACCCAUGUCCUGGGCUGGGGAUUGCCCAGGGGAUCAGGAACUGCGAGGAGGCUGUCGCAGGGAGCAUACUCUCCAUCCAGAAAAACAAAAAAGCCCAUCAACACAGAGGGAGGGAAAGAGAAGGGGAGCUCAUAUUCUACCCGAAGGAAAGAAAACCUUCUGCUGGAGGAAGCAGCGAGAGCCCCACCGUAAAAAUUAAUUCCAGCUUCUAGUGUAAUCUGACAAACGGAUUAGCCAGGGAGCAGCCGAGGGCACCGGUCCUCGUAGGGCUGGCUUUGGGGGUGGGAGAGGGAGGAGAGAACCCCCCAUGCAGAAAGCCCAGAGCUGGCAGUGCUGGG